AUGGAUGAGCAAGUGGACGGAUUAGUGAAAAAGACAUGGGACAAGUUCCUAGCUACACCAGAGACAUCCCGGCUCAUGAUAGCCAUCAGUGGCAUACCCGGAUCAGGAAAGUCAUCGUUAGCAGCAGUAAUCGCAAACCGGAUCAAUAAUCUAUACACACAACAUGCCCCCGGCUCACCAUCAAUCGCCACAUUCGUGCCUAUGGACGGCUAUCAUUUGACACGAGCCGAACUCGCAGCCAUGCCAGACCCGGUGUUUGCAGCUGCCCGAAGAGGAGCAGCAUUCACAUUCAACCCAGAUAAAUUCUUACAGCUUGUCCAACUACUACGAGAGCCAUUAACGGCAACGACGAAUACAAUAUUUGCGCCAAGCUUUGAUCAUGCUGUCAAGGACCCUGUGGAAGAUGAUAUUCCCAUCCUUGCUACGGCCCGUGUCCUGAUUUUUGAGGGAAACUAUUUGAGUCUAAACAAAGAACCAUGGAAUCAAGCAGCGGCUCUUAUGGAUGAGCUCUGGUUUGUCGAGGUGGAUUUUGAGACUGCCAGGCAGAGACUGAUUAAAAGACAUGUUGAGGCGGGGAUUGCGAGGGAUGAGGCGGAUGCCGAUAAGCGGGCGAGGGAGAAUGAUUUGUUGAAUGGGCAGGAGAUUGUGGACUUUAGGUUACCGGUGGAUGAGAUUAUUGUGAGCACUUUUGAUGAGAAAUUCUCGGCUUGA